AGAAAGACUGGGGUAGUCAGGGAGAAAUAGGUAAUAAAUUUCGAGUGGGGUGUUAAAUUGAGAUUCUUGAGAGAGAGGCGCCAAUUUGACGAGGAAUUUUCAAGCCUCGUUCAGAACAGUGAGAGGAGAUUCAUGGAGCACUUUAAUUUAACCCCACCAUUGAGAGAUAUAAAAAAACUAUAGAGAGAGAGAGUAGCUUUAGAGAGAGAAAGAGUUAGAACGAAGAUGCCCACUGAUUUGGGAAAUGUGGAAGGUGGUGGACGAUAGAGAAUUGGGCAAGAUCAGGCCUGCUUCAUUUGCAAGCCAUAUUCAAUCAGCUCGAGCUUCAUCUCUGCAUCUCUCCAAUCGCAAGGAAUUCGUGACCGCUCACAAAGGGGCUGUGAACUCUUUUCAGGUUGAUUUGACAGAGAAGCGUUAUUUGCUAUCUGGAGCUUCAGAUGGAUCAAUUGCAGUUUAUGAUGUGCAACAUGCAACUGAUUACAAUGGAGGAGGACUGGUUGCAAAACAUACAUCACUCUUUGUGGUUGACAAAAGACAGGAUUUUAGCCACAAAUACUCUGUGUCAUCCGUUGCUUGGUACCCAGUUGACACUGGGUUGUUCAUGACUGGAUCGCUUGAUCAUUAUGUCAAGGUCUGGGACACCAAUACAGUCCAGGUGGAGAUGAAUUUUAAGAUGCCCGGAAAGGUAUAUGGAAUUGCCAUGUCCUCUGUAUCCACAUCUCACAUGUUAAUUGCUGCUGUCUCUGAAGAUGUUCAAGUUCGUUUAUGUGAUAUCUCUUCUGGAGCAUUCAGCCACACACUAUCUGGCCACCGUGAUGGAGUUUGGGCUGUGCAAUGGUCUACUUCAAAUGAGUGGGUUUUAGUUACUGGUGGUUGUGAUGGGGCAAUAAGAUUCUGGGAUAUUAGACGAGCUGGGUGUUUUCGUGUGCUGGAUCAGUUCCAGACUCAGUUUGGGAGGCGGCCCCCUCUCCUCAAAUCAUCCACAAAAGGAUCAGUGCCUGAAUCUUCGGUGGCGAGCACCUCUGCUUCAGCAAAAGUCAAGGUACCACAAAAGAAAGCACCUUGUGGAGGUGGGGCAAAACAGUCCUCUAUAAAUAAAGGUUGGACCAAAGGUUCAGUUCUGCAAAGGCAACAUCCUGGAAUGUUGUCCAGUCGAAAUCGUGCUAGUGCCCACUAUGGUGCGGUUACUGGAUUGAAAGUUACAGAAGAUGGAAUGUACUUGUUAAGUGCAGGCACCGAUUCAAGACUAAGAUUAUGGGAUAUUGAAUCCGGUCGCAACACUUUGGUUAACUAUGAAGCCAUGCGCUUGCAAACUAACAAGCCAAUACAACUAGCAGUCACUCCAGAUACAGAACUUGUAUUUGUUCCUGGUUUAACAGCUGCCAGGGCGUAUGAUAUAUGGUCAGGUAGAACAAUCUUGACAUUCAGAGGCCACUACGAGUGCGUAAACUGUUGCUGGUUCAACUCGCAAGAUCAGGAGCUAUACACAGGCAGUAAUGACAGGCAAAUUCUCGUCUGGUCACCUGAUUCAAUGGUCGAGGAAGAGGUUGAAAACAAUGAGAAAGGACCGAAAAGGUCAUUGGAUGAAGAUUGCUGGAGUGACUAGAGAGAAUCCCCUUUCAGCUUGAACUUGUUCUAUGUUGUGUAAUGUACCUUCGCCACUGCUCUUGAGGUUGGAUAUUUGUGUUGUUUUAUGAGCAUACUCCAGUGUAAAUGUUCAGUGUAUAUAAAUAUAUUUCGCUC